GACGUGACAGCCAAUUAGAUGGGAAGUCUUUGUUUGAUUCCCCGCUCGGAUUCGUUGGACCUCGUAUUUUAACUUGUUGAGAGCUCCAUCCCCUUUUUUGUUCUUUCCUUUUAUCUCACCUUAGAUAUAUCAGUUUAACAUGGGUCGUGGUCCUAAGAAGCAUAUGAAGCGUUUGGCAGCUCCCAAGCACUGGAUGUUGGACAAGCUUUUGGGUUCUUAUGCCCCUAAGCCUAGCUCUGGUCCUCACAAGACUCGUGAAUGUUUGCCUUUGAUUGUCUUCAUCCGUAACCGUCUUAAGUAUGCUCUUAACGGUCGUGAAGUUACCAGCAUCUUGAUGCAACGUUUGGUCAAGGUUGACAACAAGGUCCGUACUGAUUCCACCUUCCCUGCUGGUUUCAUGGAUGUGAUCUCCAUCGAAAAGACUGGUGAAAACUUCCGUCUUGUCUACGAUACCAAGGGUCGCUUUGCCAUCCACCGUAUCACUGAUGAAGAAGCCAAGUACAAGCUCUGCAAGGUUCGCAAGGUUAUGAUUGGUGCCAAGGGUAUUCCUUACAUUGUCACUCAUGAUGGUCGUACCAUUCGUUAUCCCGAUCCUUUGAUCAAGGUCAACGACUCUGUCCGUUUCGAUAUUGAAAACAACAAGAUCCUCGACUUUGUCAAGUUUGAAGUUGGUAAUGUUGCUAUGAUUACUGGUGGUCGUAACGUUGGUCGUGUUGGUACCAUUGUUCACCGUGAACGUCACGUUGGUGGUUUCGAAAUUGUCCACGUCAAGGAUUCUUUGGAUCGUACCUUCGCUACCCGUAUCUCCAACGUCUUUAUCAUUGGUCAAGGUAACAAGCCCUGGAUCUCUCUCCCCAAGGGUAAGGGUAUCAAGUUGACUAUUGCUGAAGAACGUGACCGUAGACGUGCUGCUGCCGCUGCUGCCCAAUAAGUUUAGUCUUUUGGAAUCAGUUUAGUUCUAUUUUGAAAUAAAACUUAUCUCUCUCAUUUUU